GCUCCAAACGACGGCUACAGUUGCGCGCUGCUGCUGCUGCUGUUGAUGUUACCUCCGCUUCUGGCUCGAUCUCGAUCUCGAUUUCGUUUCAUUCCCGCACUUAACGCGCUCGCGAAUAGUUUGGCUUUUGGUAUUCGGCUUGGAUUCCGUGCUCGGGCCCGGCAAGAAGUGAAGUGAUUGCUGCCAGUGACAGUGACAGUGCCAAUGAGAUGAAGCCGUAGAUGAAGCCAUCGCUGACAAAGCCAAAUAGAAGCAAAACAAAACAAAAAAAAAAUAUAAAUAACAAAGCGCAAUAAAAACCAAAUACUCGAACUUUCAGCGCCACAUAAGUGUUGUGUGUGUGUGAGUGUUGCGUCGACGACGUCAUUUGAGAUGACAGCCAAAGAUACGGGGCAUGUGAAUGGCGCCUUCAAUGGCGCUGAUGUAUCCGUGGAUAUACCCACCAAUACGCUGUACCACACGUCACGCGACUGCAUUGUGCAGCAGGAGGAGGAGCAGGCGCUGUCGGGCGGCUGGAAGGACUGUUGCCGCAGCACCUGGGCGAAUAUAUUUCGUCGGAAAACGUUGGAGAAACGUUUCCCCAUAUUCGUCUGGCUGCCACAGUACAAAAAGGAUUAUAUCUUUGGAGACAUUGUCGCCGGCAUUUCGGUGGCCCUUACUGUGAUACCGCAGGCACUGGCCUAUGCGGGCAUUGCUGGCCUGGAUCUGCAAUAUGGCCUGUACGCCUGUUUUCUGGGCUGCUUCAUCUAUAUAUUCAUUGGCUCCAGCAAGGAUGUGCCCAUUGGUCCGACUGCGAUUUCGGCGCUGCUUUCGUUUCAAAUUGCCGGCGGCAGUUGGCAAAUGGCCACGUUGCUCACCUUUCUCACUGGCAUCAUUGAAAUACUGAUGGGCGUUUUUCGGCUCGGUUUUCUCAUUGACUUUGUCUCGGGACCGGUGGGUGCGGGCUUCACCAGCGCUGUCUCGCUGAUCAUCUUCAGCUCACAGAUGAAGGAUCUGCUGGGCAUAAGCACCAGCGGCAACACCUUCCUACAAGUGUGGAUAAGUAUUAUCAAUGACAUACACAACAUCAGCUGGCCGGACUUCGGACUGGGCCUCAUCUGUAUUGUAAUGCUGCUCAGCCUACGCGCCCUGGCCAGCUGCAGUGUGGGACCCAAGCAGGACAAAUCCACCUGCCAGAAGCUGCUCACGGGCAUCUUCUGGACGGUAGGCACAUCACGCAAUGCGCUGCUAGUUUGCGGCACCGCAGCGCUCGGCUACUGGCUGUCCGUCAGUGGCAACGAGGAGCUGGUGCGCACUGUUGGCUUUGUGCCCAAGGGCCUGCCACAUUUUCAAUCGCCGCCAUUCCACAUGGACGCUGUGCUGAACGAGACGAGUGGCGAGGUGCUGCAGGAGGCGCAGAGCUUCUGGGACAUGGUCAGCACGCUCGGCUCUGGCUUGAUUGUGGUGCCACUAAUAGCGCUGCUCGAGACGAUGGCUGUGGUGCAGGCAUUUGCGGAUGGCAAGCCGACGGAUGCCACCCAGGAGCUAAUUGCCUCGGGCAUUUGCAAUGUGGCCAACUCCUUUGUGCAGGGCCUGCGCAGCAAUGGCGGCCUGGCGAGAGGCGCCAUUCUCAAUGCCAGCGGUGUGCGCACCCAGCUAUCCAAUCUCUACACCAGCGUCAUAGUCAUCAUUGCGCUGCUCUACCUCACGCCCUGCUUCUACUAUAUACCCAAGGCGGCGCUGGCAGCCAUUAUCAUAGCUGCGGUCGUGUUCAUGGUGCAGUAUCGUGUCAUCAAGCCCAUGUGGCAUAGCAAAAAAACGGAUUUAAUACCUGGCUUGGGCGCCUUCUUUGCCUGCCUGGUAAUGCCGCUGCAGCUGGGCAUCCUAGUGGGCAUUGGCAUCAAUGUGAUUUUCAUUCUGUACCAGGCGGCGCGUCCCAAGCUGCGCAUUGAAACGCUCAGCACACCCGAUGGCCAGCGUUAUCUAAUGCUUACGCCGGAUCGCUGCCUCAUCUUUCCAUCAAUGGAGUUUGUGCGGAAGGUGAUUAACAAACAGGGCGUCAAGUCGACGCUGCCGGUUGUCAUCGAUUGUACGCAUAUCUAUGGAGCAGACUUCACUGCCGCCAAGGUCAUAUCGACUAUGGUCAUGGAUUUUGCACAGCGUCAGCAGCCGCUGUUCUUUUACAAUCUGCAGCCGCGUGUCGCUCAGGUAUUUGAGGGCCUAAACAAAGAUCUAGUGGCUAUAUACGAUAUUAGCACACUGCAUGCCAAGUUGGGCGAGAAGACGACAUAACCUCGAUUAGUCUUAGAUUAAUUUAAGUCUUUGUAUUUAUUUCACAAAAACUCUGCUAGAUUAAUUUUGCAUGCUUUGGCAAGGCCAGCGACUUGUUUCGCUCUUUAUAGGCAAAAAAUAUUAUAAUGAAAAGAAGAGGAGACAAAAUACGAAUGGAAACCCACGCAUAAGUCACCAACAUCAUUAUCAACAGUCCAGCCAAAUAGUCAAAUAUUAUUUUCCGUAAAUUUAAUUAGCAUUUAAGUUGAAGCAAUCCAUCAUUAUUUAUUCGCUUGUGAAUUUGAUUUCUGGCAAAAUGCUGUGAAUUUUGUUGAACAAAAUCAAAAUUUUUGCACCUCAUUGUUAUCUAUCUUGAUUGCUGUGCAUAGUAUUAAACAAUUAUACCUAUACUUAAAUAUAACACAAAAAUAUUGGAA